AUGGCUGAACAACAACUAGGAGUGCUGAAGGCACUCGAUGUUGCGAAAACGCAACUUUACCAUUUCACGGCGAUUGUCAUCGCCGGUAUGGGAUUCUUUACAGACGCGUACGAUCUUUUUUGCGUUUCCCUGGUGACAAAGCUCCUUGGCCGUCUCUACUACUUCAAUCCGGCCUCAGAGAAGCCUGGCAGUCUUCCCCCUCAUGUUGCGGCUGCGGUCAACGGUGUGGCUCUAUGUGGGACACUUAUGGGUCAACUUUUUUCGGAUGGCUCGGUGACAAGCUUGGAAGGAAAAAAGUGUAUGGUAUCACUUUAA